AAUACAUUUACAAAUUGAAACAGAAUGGGGAGAUCUCCUUGUUGUGAUGAAAGUGGCCUCAAGAAAGGACCCUGGACUCCAGAAGAGGAUCAAAAGCUUGUGCAGUACAUUGAAGAACAUGGCCAUGGAAGUUGGAGAGCUCUUCCAAAGCUUGCAGGUCUCAAUAGAUGUGGCAAGAGUUGUAGGUUAAGAUGGACAAAUUACUUGAGACCUGAUAUCAAAAGAGGCAAAUUUACUGAAGAUGAGGAGCAAACAAUUCUACAUCUCCAUUCUAUCCUUGGAAACAAAUGGUCAGCAAUUGCAACACACCUAGAUGGCCGAACUGACAAUGAAAUCAAGAAUUUCUGGAACACCCAUUUGAAGAAAAAGCUGAUCCAAAUGGGUUUUGAUCCAAUGACCCAUCAACCAAGAACCGAUCUCUUUUCCGGUUUGUCUCAGCUUCUGGCCCUGGCAAACCUGCAGGACCUCAUGCAGCAAUAUCAGCCGUUAGAUAUUGAUCAACAUGCUGCAACAUUACAAGCAGAUCAAGCUGCUCAGUUGGCCAAGCUUCAAUACAUGCAGCAUUUACUCCAAUCUGUAGCUUAUAUAAGCAGUGGUGAGAAUUUUAGCCAGAACAGAAACACAGCUGACACAGACAUGGAGGCUUUCAAUUUGUUGAACUCACUUGUUCCUUCUAUCAAAGAAAACCCACUUUUAAAUUCAUCUCAGCUUGAAAAUCCAAGCUCAUUUUCUCUUGGAUAUGGAGGAACUUCUCAACCACUCCACCAUCAAAGCCUACUGCCUCAUGACCUAGCAGUAGCAGACCCACAAGUCCCUUUCAGUUCUCUACCAUCUUUGAAUAGUGAUCAUGAAAUGGGCUCCAACUAUACAAUGGUCAGCCAAGAAGAUAACCCACCUCAUGAUCAUGAUGACUCUCCAUGGUUUGAUAAACUUCUGUCUCCUGCUCCUAAUUCUAUUCCUCCAACUAUGACCGGGACGUUGAUUAGCAAUCCGGGAGGAGAUGUCUGCUGCAGCACUUCAAGCUAUGGAGGUAGAAGUAGCGGUUCUUCUUCCUACUGGCCUGAACUCUUUCUUGAGGACGCCAAUUAUGCUUGAGGGAUUCUUAGUUAAUUAUUAUCAUAGAUUGAGAAAGAUUUGGUGGUUGCUGCCUUUGUCGUUGAUCAUUAUCAAUUCUUACUUAUUCCAUGCAUUUGCAUGUGUAUAUACCGACAUACAGAUAUGUGUGAUGUAAUGCAUAUCUACGUACGUUUAUUUGUACACGUACA